AUGGAUGCUCGGUUGUACUUGCAAAAUCUCGGCUGGAAAGAUGGCGAGGCGCUCCAAAAGGGUGGAAUCAAAAAACCUAUUCUCGUGAAGCAUAAGAAAGAUACCAAAGGGCUUGGAUCAGACGGCAACGAUGCCGAUAUGUGGUGGGAAAGGCUUUUUGACGGCCAGCUUAAGAACUUGGAGGUGAAUAACAGCUCAAAGGGCGUGAGUUUUGACAAGAACGAUGCUGGAGUAGUUGAGACUGUUCGGAGAUCAGCCUCACCAUUAUACAAAAUGUUCAUCAAAGGAGAAGGAUUGGCGGGCACAGUCGGCAGAACAGAUAAUGUGAAUGUGAAGAGCGUGACUUUGGAGGCCACGGAAGUGAUUGAGGUUGUUCUGAAAAGGAUGAAAUUGGGGGAAAAGGACAAGAAAGAGAAGAAGGAGAAGAAGGAAAAGAAAGAGAAGAAGGACAAGAAAGAGAAGAAGGAUAAAAAAGAGAAGAAGGAAACGAAAGACAAGAAGGAGAAGAAAGAAGCGAGAGAGAAGAAGGAAACGAAAGAGAAGAAAGACAAGAAGGAAAAGAAAGAGAAGAAGGAAACGAGAGAAAAGAAAGAUAAGAAAGACAAGAAGGACACGAAAGACAAGACGAAACGGAGCAAGAAGGACACAGACAAAAUCCUGGUAGAAACAGACUCCAAAAAAGAAAAAAAGAAAACUAAAUCGAAAUCGGAACUGUCUUCGAAAGAGAAACUGAAUGACAAGUCAACCACACAAAAUUCCAAACACACGUCAUCGGAUAAGCCUUCGUCCAAGAAAAGAAAACUACAAGAGAAAACGUCCUCUUCCAAACGGUCGAAAAAGUAG